GUUAGGAUUAGGAAAACUCGAUUUCACUACAAAAACCCUUCCAGUCGCGCGAUGCGACAUAUAUUUCCCUCCCUGUUUGUUGCCGAGAAAGGUAGGAAAAUAGCUGGGUAGAGAAACCCUAAUUAGUAUACAGUAGGUGGAGGUACGAGGAGUUUAUUCGGAAUUACUAGUUGUGUCUUUGUUUAUUCACGGGCUUUGUGAGCGACGAGAUUGCUACAGAAGAAGAGGAGGAGGAAAAAGGACGGCAUGUUGGAAGGUUUGGUUCGUCAGUUGCUUCAGGGUUACCUAGGUGGAUACGUUAAAGAUUUCCAAAAAGAGCAACUCAAAAUCACCUUUUGGAACGAAGAAGUACUUUUGGAGAAUGUAGAACUUAUUCUCGAAGCUUUUGAUUAUCUUCAGUUGCCAUUUGCUCUAAAGCAAGGUCGCAUUGGAAAGUUAUGCAUCAAAAUACCAUGGAAAAAGCUUGUCUUGGAUCCUAUUGUGAUUAUUUUAGAGGAUGUUUUUGUUUGUGCUUCCCAGCGGGAUGAAAAGGAGUGGAGUUUGGAUGCGGUUGAAAAAAGAGAAUUCGCAGGCAAAAAGGCUCAACUUGCUGCUGCAGAACUGGCAAAAUUAUCAAGGAGGGUUUGUGAAAAUCAGACUGCGCAAUCAUUUGUGUCAUACAUCACUGCAAAGAUUCUUGACAGCAUCCAAGUGUCAAUUAGAAACUUCCAUGUUCAAUACAGCGAUGUACAGUCUAAAUCAAUACAGGUUAUGUGUGGUUUGAAGUUUUCCAGCUUGAUGAUAAUGAAGCACAAUCCGGUUGGAUCAUCCCUUGGAAAACUGAGAGGAAGCCAAGUAAAUAAGGUUGUUGAAAUCAAAGGUCUGGAGAUUUACUGUAGCCCAUUUGAAGGAGUUUCCAAUGUGAUGAUUUCAGAAAGUUCUGGAGACUCAAACACUCUGUCCAACAGUAAAUUUGAAGGAAAUAAUGUUGAUCAUUUGGUAGAUCCAUUUGAUUUAUCAAUAUCGCUUUUGGUUAACAAAUCUGGAAACUCUGAUAAUGAUAUGCCACAGUAUAGCAUCAGUGCUGAAAUCGUUAGCUUGGUUAUGUCUUUGAAUGAAGUUCAGCUGCAACAGAUAUUGAUUAUAUCAGAUUACUUAUGUACAAGCAGAUUAAGGGAGAAGUAUUGGCGCUAUCAUCCAUGCUGUAGUCCUUUAUCAAGAAAACCUGAUGGUUGGCAGAAAAUGUUGUGGCACUUUGCACAAGAAUCUGUCCUAUCAGAUGUGCGCCAGAGAUUGAAGAAAACUUCAUGGAGAUACUUUGGAAAGAAACUGAGUUAUCGACGGAAAUAUGUCAACCUGUACAAGACCAAGCUUGAUUUUCUUCGACAAGAGCAGUCCAUUGAUGAAUAUAUACUUCGUGAGUUGGAGCAAAUGGAGAAAGAAUCUGACAUAGAUGAUAUCCUAAGUUAUAGGUCCGCUGCUGAACACGAGCUUCAGGAAGUCUUAUCAAGCUCUUCACCUCUCAAUAUUGGAGUGAAUGGUUCCAAUAUUCCAAUGGAGAAGUCACAAAACGAUGAGCACUCAUCUGGCAGGUCUCAAGGAUGGUUAAAUUGGUUGUCCCGUGGUGUGCUUGGUGCUGGCGGAACAGAUGAUUCUAGCCAGUUUUCUGGUGUGGUCUCUGAUGAAGUUGUGAAGGACAUAUAUGAGGCAACAGAGUUUCAUCCUACAAAUUUAUCCAGUGGAAGUCAUGAUUAUUCAAAUGACAAGAUGUGUGCCUGCGCAAUCAAGUUCAGCAUAGAGCAAAUUUCUGCGACACUCAGAAAUGACGAAACUGAUGAAGAGGUUGCUAAGCUGAUUCUUGAAGAGGCAGCGAUUGAGUUCAAGCUUUGGGGGGAAUUGGCUACCAUUACUGCCUCCAUAAAUUCUGGAGAGAUGGUUAAUCCAUGCAACAAGAAUGUUAGGCUACUAAAGAUGGGGUCCUUUGUUGAUAAAGAUGUGCCAGAAUAUGAGCAAUUUUCAUGUAAAGUUCAAGUGGAUGUAUCUCGUAAGCUAGAGGUGGAAUUGGGAGUAAAGGUCAUGCUUCAGCCUCUUGAAGUCAUUUGUGAUAUGGAAUUUUUCCUGAAUGUGAUAGAUUUUUUUGCAGUGUUGAGAUCAUUCGAAUUUCACAAUGAAAGGGUGUUGUCAUCGCUAAAUGGGAUUGAUGAUGUCAAAGCUCGACUACUAACUAAAGCGGAAUAUGUAUUAUCGAAUCAUAAAAAAGUUGUCUGGGAUGUCAGCAUCAUCAAUAUUACCAUAGAUGUGCCUUGGGAAGAUGCAACUUUGCAUAACUAUUGCUUAGUUUUUGAAUUGGGAUCUCUUCGUUUUACUUCUGAAUUUGAUGUAGCUUCUCUUGCAUCUACUGUCAAUGAACAAUCAUCCGUCCUUAAACAUUCAAUUUCUGCCCACAGUUUUUUAAUGGGUUUUGAACUUCAGGAUCUCUAUAACCACUUUGAAGUUAAACUGGAUAAUUUUGAGAUGAAGCUCAAGAUACCUAGUCACCUAGGGACAAUAUCUGUUUUGGAGAGAUUUUGUUCCUCUAUUACCUUGGCAUCUUGCAUCAUUCCUGAUGAAUCAGUGUUGAAACAGUUGGAGGUUUGUAUGGUUGUAUCAUCACUUCGUGCAAACUUUUCUCCAUCAAUAUACGAUUCAGUUGUGGCUGUAGUUUCAUAUUUGCAAGUUAUUCAUUCAAGAGCUAAACCUCUGAGAAUUAGAAGCCAUGCUUUACAUAAGAUCGCAUCAGACUGUUCAGGGGCUCAUUCUUUUCAUCUUACUAUCACUGCAAAAUUGGAGUUGUUCAGUAUCCAUGUUGACCUUGCAAAUGAUGAAGAAAAUAGUUCUUCCCUUAUACUUGUUCUUCAAAAUUCAGAUAUUUGUAUGAAUUUCAGGUAUUCUUUCAAAGAUUGUGAUGAGUGCUGGUUAUGUGUGAAAGGGUUGAAAAUUGCAGCAUGUCCAUUGAGAAGUGAACUGGGCAGCCAGACAUUGUUUUUAUCAGGGAAUCAAUUGGCUUCCAGUUCUAUACAUGGGAAAUACAUGGGUGUUGGAUUGGGUGACCAAACUGAUGAUUUUGUUGAUAGGAAUGCAUGUGGUGAAGCUUGCUUUCUUUUGCACUAUGAAGCCCCAAAAAUGGCUGGUUUAGGUAGCCACAAAUUGACUGUUUGCUUAAAUGAUAGUGAUCUACAUUGCUACCCAUACAUAUUCAGAUUGCUGAAUGGAUUCUUUAUUAGAUUAUAUUCAAAUGGCGCUACUUGUGCUGGUGAGAAGUCCCAAAUCACUGUUGAUACUGAAAAAUCGAAGACAGUUCCUGGGUUUAAUUUUGAAAGGUUUGGUUUCUCAAAUUUCUUUGAAACUGGAUCCUCUGACUCUUCCACCAUCCCUCUGAGUAGUUAUCCAUUUGUUUCAAUCCGCAAUUCUGGAUCACUUAGCAGCCUUGACAGUUCACUUCUUUAUUCCAUUUAUGACUGGAGGAAGUUAUUCAGCAUGAGAGAAAGUAAAGUUAGAAGUCCAAAAUGUACUUCCAAGAAGGAAUCUAAAUCAGCUCAUGCUUCACCUUUGAAAUCCACAUCCAAUAUGUUUGUCGUUCCUGCCUCAGGGAGUUUUGGUGAUGCAAAUAUUUGUAUUGAUAUUAAUCUCUCUGGAAUUAAAGUGCAUUUCCAUGAUUCCUCGUGUAUUGUAGGAACAAUUGUGCUGCCAGCCACUAAGUCUUCAGUUCUCUUUAAUGAUGACUCAAUGGAUUUACUGUGCUCCGUUGAGGGAUUGAUUCUCACCACUUCUUGGUGGACCAAGAAUUUUCAUGAGUUUCUGUGGGGUCCGUCAUUGCCGAAUUUGUCUCCUAUCUUAAAUGUUCGGGUGAAGAAAGGAAACGCUCAAUCAUCAAGUUCUCAACUUGAGAUCAACAUUAGUAUUCAACAUGUAUGCUGUAUUUUGCCUCCUGAAUAUUUGGCGAUCAUAAUAGGUUACUUCUCAUUGCCUGAUUGGUCAGCUGAGCAGCAUGUAAAAGAAAUGCAUGGGCAGACAAGUACAGAAAACCGGAGCGUUGCUAUGUAUAAGUUUGAGAUACUAGACUCCACCUUAAUGUUGCCAGUCGAAAGUCAUGACGGUCAAUUUGUGAAGAUCGAAAUGAAACAUAUGUACUGUAGUUUCAUUGACACUUGUCUUUCAAAGGAUCUACUGUUUGACAUUCCAUCAGAGAAUAUGGUUCCACUAACGAAAAUAUCAGAACAAAGUCACUGUCUAAAUAUAUUUGGGCAGGAUUUAUUUGUAUCAUUGCUAGUGUUCGAACGUAAUGGAUAUGAUUGCUUUAUAUUUGACAAAUGUCGAAAUGUCACCUUGUUUGCUCCACUUAGUGCUGAUGUUUGGGUUAGAAUACCCUGUGAAAAUGAAUCCUUGCGUGGAAGUUCUUCCGUUGCCACGUGCAUCAUGUUGAAGGUUUAUAAUGUUCAACUUAUUGCUGAUGAUUUUUACAUUUUCAAUGGAUUGGAGGCUUUGCUUGAUGUCAUAGAUCAAUUUUCCUCGGUUAAUGAUAAAUCGCAAAGUUACACAUCAGAUGUUUUGCAGUUUCUUCAAUUAAAACGAUGUCCAAGUGAAUAUGAUGCAGCUCCGUCUCUUGCCUUAGGCAUUUUUUUAACAGAAGUCCGGUGUAGUGUGGAUCAUUUGUCAAUAAAGUUGCACUCCUUGAGAGAUGACUUGGUUUUAUUAAAACCAGUAGCUGAGGCCAAUAUGCAAUUCCGAUGCUCUGCAUCUCUGAUGAAUGAGCUACCUAUAAGCAUGGACUUUAGUUUUUCUGCUUUAGCAUUAUAUUCAUUGCUCAAUCCCAUUUUGCUAGCACGAUGUGUAGCUGCUUGCUCAAGCUCGUUGGUUCUUGACAUUUCUUUCUCAAAAUUUGAUCAAAAGAAGAAUGAAUUUUGCUUUUCUAUUCCCUCUCUUGAGUUCUGGUUACAUGUUCUUGAGUGGACUGAGGUCAUGAACUUUUGUACUAGCUGUGCUAAAAAAUUAGCUAAUAUUUAUACAGUUGAUAUACCAUCAAAGAGUUCACCUUUGGAAAUGGUUGGCUCAAUUGAUACAGCUGUUGCUGUCUCCCAUCAAUCCUCUCUUCAAAAUCCAAGUACUUCACCUCAUUGUGUUUCAGAGAACCUGAAGGAGGAUACUAUUAUCCUUGUGAAGUCAGAAAAUAUGGCUAUCACUAUGUAUUUUCCUGUCUGUCUCAGCAAAGAGCCAGAAGGUGAAUUUGCAGUUGCUGGAGUCCAAGAUGAGAAGCCUCAGCCCUUUUCAUCAAACUUAUCUGAAGGGAGGCACUGUAAAUAUAUUGCAGUUGCAACACAUACUAGAAAUAGUGAACUACUUGUCACGGGAAGAAAUGCAAAACUGAAUUCCACUUUGGAAAGUUUGAGUGGAACAGUUGAGAUAUUCGAGGGUAAAAAUGGCAACUCUUGGCCCUUUUUCCAAAUAUUUCGUGUUAAUCUGGAUACUGAAGUUCAAAGUGACCAGAGUGAGCUUGUCAAAGUCAAAAUGGGGAUCCAGUGUGACCGGUUGGAUUUUUCACUGUCGCAUCAAGUAUUCUAUUUCUGGCAUGGUGUGGAGUUCAACAUUCCCCAAGCUGGAUCUUCUCAAAGCAUAUAUGAUAGUAUGGAUAUAAAUUUGCAGUUGAGAAGGUUUUCACUUCUGAUAUCUGAUGGAAGGUGGAGCUCAGGUGGACCUUUGUUGGAAAUUCUUCUGAGGAACUUCCACUUACAUGCCAGUGCCGCUGGAAAUUGCUUGGAAAGCUUAGUUACAAGCGAACUUGAAGUGAACUACAAUAACAUUCACAAGGUCUUGUGGGAGUCUUUUAUCGAGCCUUGUAAGUUUGAGAUAAGCAUGACAAGGAAGCAGGAGACAGCUGCUUUGAUGAACAGCUCCAUGAAUACAGAUAUAUCUAUUACAUCAAUGGCACAGCUUAACUUGAACUUCACAGAAUCACUUAUUGAGUGUGUUUUCAGGACAAUUGAUAUGGUUCAGGAUGCUUGGAGUCUGGUGGGACCAAAGGACCUUCCUGAAAAUCAGAGACUCUUAAAUCCUCAAUUAAUGGAAAAUAUAUGUGAGGGAAGAUAUGCCCCCUAUGUAUUUCAAAAUUUGACUUCUCUUCCUCUAGUAUAUUAUGUCUUUCAUGGGAUGGUUACUUCCAGUGAAUUUGAUAUCUCGGAAAUGAAGGAUGGAAAAUCUGUUCAACCAGGGGCAUCUAUUUCAAUUUAUCUUAAUGACACUCCUGAGGAACAACUUUUCCGCUAUAGGCCUGGCUAUUCUUCUGAGAGGCUCGGUGACAUGCAACCAAAUGGAGUGGCUCAUCACUUCAUGUCCAUUCAACUUGACGGAACGUCUGUUCCUUCUACACCCAUUUCAAUGGAUCUUGUUGGGUUGACCUACUUUGAGGUUGAUUUUUCAAAGGCUUCAAAAAAAGUAGAGAUUGAUGGUGCUGUGGAUACUUCAAAAUAUACUAUGAAUAUUGAGGAGAAUGGUAGAGCUGAUACCGAUAGUGGUUUUGUUGCCCCUGUUGUGUUUGAUGUAUCAGUACAACGCCAUAGCAAGCUCAUACGACUAUAUUCAACGGUCAUGCUUUUGAACUCAACUUCAGUUCCAUUGGAACUACGAUUUGAUAUCCCAUUUGGUGUAUCCCCUAAGAUCCUGGAUCCAAUAUAUCCUGGUCAGGAGUUUCCAUUGCCAUUACAUUUGGCAGAAGCUGGUCGCAUGAGGUGGCGUCCACUUGGGGCUUCUUAUCUGUGGAGUGAAGCACAUUACCUCUCAGACAUUCUCAUGCACGAGAGCAAGAUCGGGUUUCUUAGAUCUUUUGUCUGUUACCCAUCUCAUCCCAGCAGUGAUCCAUUUCGUUGUUGCAUGUCAGUUCAGAAUAUUUGCUUUUCUGACGGGCCAGAAAAGGCAUCACCUCUCUGUGUUGAUGGCACUUUCAAACAAUCAGUUGAAAGUGGCAAUAAACUACUGCAUGAUUUGGACAAGUCAAAGAAACGAUCCAUCCACCGAGUAACUUUGAGUACUCCAUUGAUUGUGAAUAACUAUCUCCCGGAAGAAGUAUCUUUGAAAGUUGAGAGUGGUGGGGUUACUCGUACUGCAUUGCUUUCUGAGGUGGAAAAUUCAUUUCAUCACAUAGAUCCUUCUCAUGACCUGGGGCUGGAAUUCAAGAUCUAUGGAUUUGACCCAUCAGUUUUGAAGUUUCCACGAACUGAAACAUUUAGUGCAGCAGCCAAGUUCAGUGGAACUAAGUUCUCUCUGUCUGAAACCAUUGCAUUUCAUUCUGAUUUAUCUAAUGGUCCAACCUACGCUACAGUGGAAAAGACCAUGGAUGCUUUCUCUGGUGCUCGAGAACUCUUCAUUUUUGUGCCCUUUCUUUUAUAUAAUUGUUCUGGUUUUCCGCUCAAAAUUUCAGAUGCUUCUAGUACUGUCAAAGAGACUGGAUGCACUAUCACUUCCUGUUAUGAUUUGAUUGAACAUGAACUACUACAUAGCAAGAAAGAUGGUCUCAGUCUUUUAGCUUCGGAGCAAAAUUUGCAUGCUAGUGCUGUACAAAUGGAUGGUUUGGGGUGUUCUUUUUCAGAUGGUCGCAUGAUCUCAACUAGAAAGAUUGUUGGCAAUACUUUCAUUUCAUCUGGUUCCUCUAAAAUUCAAGGAAAACAAAAAAGGAUUGAUUUGGGUGAAGGGUCUUCUCUAAAUACUGUGAAAAACAGUUUUUCUAGCUCUAAGUCGACUUCAAGGGAUUCUGACGUACUAGGUAAUGAACAUGGAAGGGUCAAGGCAUGCAUGUAUUCUCCUGCUCCCAUUUCCUCUGUCAGGGAAAUUAUGGUUCAAGUAAGUAGGACCAUGCCAAACUCUUCAUGGUCAGAACCAUUCCCUCUUGUCCCUCCCAGUGGCUCAACCAGCAUUCUUGUUCCUCAAUCAUUAACAAAUGCGGCUUUCGUGAUAUCUGUUACUUCUAAUGCUCUUGCUGGAUGUUUUGAUGGGCGGACACAAGCUAUUACUUUUCAGCCUAGAUAUGUCAUUAGUAAUGCGUGCAGCAAGGAUUUAUGUUAUAGGCAGAAGGGAACUGAUAAUUUAUUCCAUUUGGGCAUUGGGCAGCAUGCUCAUCUUCACUGGACAGACAUAACGAGGGAGUUGUUGGUUUCUGUUCGUUUUGAUGGACCUGGCUGGCAAUGGUCAGGCAGCUUCUUGCCAGAUCACCUAUGUGACACUCAAGUUAAGAUGCGGAAUUAUGUGUAUGGUGUGUUAAAUAUGGUGAGGGUGGAGGUACAGAAUGCUGAUGUUUCCAUUAGGGAUGAAAAGAUUGUUGGAAGCCUCAGUGGAAAUUCUGGCACAAACUUAAUUCUCCUCUCCGAUGAUGACACAGGGUACAUGCCAUACAGGAUUGAUAAUUUCUCAAAAGAGAGAUUACGGAUUUAUCAGCAAAGAUGUGAAAAUUUUGACAGUAUAAUCCAUUCUUACACUUCUUGCUCGUAUGCAUGGGAUGAACCUUGCAAUCCACACCGUCUCAUUGUUGAGGUACCUGGAGAGCGUGUUAUAGGGUCAUAUGCUCUUGAUGAUCUAAAAGAACAUGUGCCUGUGCACCUGCCUUCAACCUCUGAGAAGCCCGAGAGAACGCUGUUAAUAUCGGUCAAAGCGGAGGGAGCAACAAAGGUGCUCAGCAUUAUUGAUUCAAGUUACCAUGUUCUGAAAGAUAUGAAAGAUAAUAGUUCCCCGUGGUUCAAAGAAAAAAGAAAACAUGAGCAUAAGCAGGAGGAAUUUGUUGGUUACAAGGAAAGACUUUUGAUUACAAUUCCACAGAUUGGUGUUUCGUUAAUUAAUUCUUUCCCAAAGGAAUUGGUUUUUGCAUGUGCCCAGAACAUAACAGUUGAUCUACUUCAGAGCAUGGAUCAGCAAAAAAUUUAUUUUCAGAUCUCUUCGUUGCAAAUUGAUAACCAGUUGCCGACAACACCCUACCCUGUUAUUCUGUCAUUUGAUCAUGAUCACAGAAGCAACCUUGCUGGCCAUAGAGCAAGGGAUGGUCAUACAAAAUUUAAAAGUGAAGUCAUUCCACAGAUUACCUGUGACAAUUCUUGUGAACCUGUAUUCAACCUAGCCGUUGCAAUAUGGAGGAAGAAGGAUAGUUCACUUUUUUCAUUCCAGUAUAUAAGAUUAAGAGUGGCAAAUAUUCGUCUUGAGCUUGAACAGGACGUAAUAUUAAGCUUGCUUGACUUCUAUAAAACUGUAUCAUCAAGGUUUCAGGAUUCAAUAUUGCCUCUUUCUGAUCCUACAAUGCAUCGUCUUUUCUAUGAUGUGGAUUUCUCCAAGGAGAACUCUGCAAAUGCUCUAUCUCGUGAGCAUGUCAAAGCGAUGGAUCACCAACUGAAUUAUAUAAAUGUUGCUCCAGUUGGUGGAGGUCAUAUAAGCAAUGCAUCACUACCAUCAGUAGUUCCAAUUGGAGCUCCUUGGCAGCAAAUUUAUGUCUUGGCUAGAAGACAGAAGAAGAUAUAUGUGGAAUUGUUUGAUUUGGGACCGGUUAAGAUUACAUUGAGCUUUUCUAGUAGUCCCUGGAUGCUUAGAAAUGGCAUUCUUACAUCUGGUGAAUCUCUCAUUCACAGAGGUCUUAUGGCUGUUGCUGACAUUGAGGGAGCACGGAUUCAUCUCAAACAAUUGAUAAUCACACAUCACAUGGCUAGUUGGGAAUCCAUUCAGGAGAUCCUCAUCAGGCAUUACACUUGGCAACUUCUUCAUGAGAUGUACAAGGUGUUUGGGUCUGCUGGAGUUAUAGGUAACCCCAUGGGAUUUGCAAGGAGUGUGGGGCUUGGUGUCAGAGAUUUCUUAUCACUUCCUGCCAAAAGUUUCUUGCGGAGCCCUACUGGACUUAUUACAGGCGUUGCACAAGGUACCACUAGUCUUGUCAGCAACACUGUGUAUGCCUUGAGUGAUGCUGCCACUCAGUUUAGUAAAGCUGCACACAAGGGUAUUGUCGCAUUUACAUUUGAUGACCAGUCAGUUGGAAGAAUGGAAAAGCCACAGAAGGGUCUUGCAUCGCACAGUAAAGGUGUAAUAAAUGAAGUCCUAGAGGGCCUAACCGGUCUCCUCCAAUCACCGAUUAAAGAAGCUGAGAAACAUGGUCUCCCUGGUGUUCUCUCUGGAAUAGCUUUGGGAGUUACUGGACUUGUGGCACGACCUGCAGCUAGUAUCCUAGAGGUCACUGGAAAAACUGCACAGAGUAUCAGAAACAGAAGUAGUCUGUACCAAGCAGGAUCACAAUGCUAUAGAGUGCGCCUUCCAAGGCCUCUAAGUAGGGAACUUCCUCUGAGGCCUUAUACUUGGGAAGAAGCUGUUGGAACAUCUGUGAUCGUUGAGGCUGAUGAUGGUUUGAAGCUCAAGGACGAGUUAUUAAUACUGUGCAAAACACUCAAACAAGCUGGGAAAUUUGUCGUCAUUACUGAGCGACUAAUGUUGAUCGUUAGUUGCUCAAGUUUGGUAGACUUGGGGAAGCCCGAAUUUAGGGGUGUUCCUGUUGACCCAGAGUGGGUAAUAGAUUCAGAAAUUGGUCUGGACAGCGUAAUCCAUGCUGAUACAGAUGAAGAGGUUGUAAACAUUGUUGGUAGUGGUUCAGAUACCGGUUUGAGGCAGAACCAACAGCAUCCCAAAAAAGGCAGUGGGACAAGAACAAAGCGGUGGAAUCAUCCUUCCACACCUCUUCCACUUUUUCAGACCAAUCUGGAACUGACAUCUAAAGAAGAAGCUGAAAUUUUGUUGCGGACUUUGUUAUCUACAAUUGAUCAGGGGAAAGCCCGAGGUUGGGGUUGCAGACAUAUUUUGCACCAAACUAAUAUCAAGUAGGAAUUUAUUCUCGUUUGUUGAUCCAGGGGAAUCUCUUAGCCUUGUAAGCAAUUUCUAGAACCAAAGCCAUGCGUAAAUAGAAAUCCCAUUAUUUAUUCAUCUAAUUAUUCCUAUCCGGUGUAAAUUAGGUAUUCUUUCGCCUGUGUAAAUACAAUAUUGUUUCAGGUAAUUAGGUGCUCAUUUGCAUUUUCACGAGGACUGCAUAACAGAAUUAUAUUUUGUUCUGUUCAA